CAACGUCGAAGCUGCGUGAUCCACACACUAGUAGAAGGCCAUAAGAGGAGCAGACUGCUAUGGAUGACUCCACUGACUUGACUGACAAAGUCGACCGACUGGAAAUGUCCGUAGGAUCAAAGGCUAGCGAUUCGCAGACUGCAAGAGCUCAGCAGCCGACAGGGCCGCAACUGCAAGACAAUAUGAUCGCGACUGAGCCUCGAAUUGAGCAGACACCGUCUCAGUCCAUGCCAAUUUCCGAUCCAUCAGACGAGCCGGAGGCGAUGUCUCUAGUGACAUCUGCGCAAGCGCAGCAUCAAGCGACGCGAGAUGUGCCGACUUUGGCCAAUGUGUCCGCGCCUGCCGAGAGCGCACCAGGACAAGUCGGGCAGCCCGUCAUACGUCAUGAAUCACAAGAUAUGCGCUGGACAUGCAAAGAUAUUCUGUUCCCUCCUCAAGCCGGCGCCAUACAGCGACCAAUCAAGAUCGUCACACAGAAUCGGAACGGACCUUGCUCACUGAUCGCAUUGGCCAAUGUGCUCAUAUUACGAGGCGACCUCGUUCUGGCUCCUCCGAACAGAGAAACAAUCUCGUAUGCUACUUUGAGCUCGCUCGUAGCAGACUACCUCCUCCGCUUAAGCGAUCGUGGGGAUGGUCAAACGAAAGGACUAGAUCUCACUUCUGCCUUGUCCCUCUUGCCCAAGAUGCGCUACGGCCUGGAUGUCAAUAUCAGGUUCGAUGCGAUUGAUGGCUUCGAGACCAGCACGACGACUGGCGAGGUCGAAUUAUUCAAACUGGCAGGCGUCCCGCUCGUACACGGAAUGCUGGCAGACCAAGAUGACGAAGAGACAUACGAUUUAUUGAUGAGCAAAGCGCCAGACUACGACACUGCUCAAGGAUUGGUUGCUGAGGGUGAUGCGAUCGCCCGCGGUAUGGUUGUGGGCGCAAAUGAAGCGUCAGAUGAGCAGAUAGAAGCAGCAGUCGAUGCGCGCCAGAAGUGGACAGACGAACAGGAAGCGCUCGUCAGGCAAGCUAUGCACAUACGACACUUUCUCGAAGGCGCAAAGACACAGUUGACUUAUCCUGGCCUCUUUGCACUCAGUUCGACAUUGACGCCCGGCUCAAUAUCGACAUUGUUCUACAACUCGCACUUGUCUGUGCUAUACAGACGACCCAACGAUCUCGCGCAAACGACCGAUUCGGCGCUCUACCUGCUCGUGACGGAUUCGAGCUUUGCUUCCGAGCCGAACGUCGUCUGGGAGACUCUUGGCGAUCUUGACGGCACGGCCUCAAGCUUCUUCAACUCCGAUUUGCAAGCUAGCAAGAUCCGAGACGACUACGUUCAGGGUACGCAGAGGCACGGAACGCGCGCAGAAGCGUAUACAGUCAAUAAUGAUGAGGCGCUGGCCGCUUCACUGCAGCAAGAAGAAUACGAUAUCCAGCACAGACACCAGCGAAGAGAGGAUGCUCAAGCUCAGCAAGCAUCUGCUGCUACGCCGUCUCAGAUUCAAAGUGCAGACACAGCAGUGCGACCGCCCAAAGUAAGUAGAGCAAAGGUAAAGAAAGAUUGCGUCAUACAAUGAGACCGCAGUGCAAUUCCGCACUGUAGCUGUUGUACACUUGUUGCCAUCAUAUUGUACAGCUGGCUCGCGUAGCGAUCCAGAUCGUAGC